GAGAGAGAGAGAGAGAGAGAGAGGGGGAGGACAUAUAAUCAGGCUCUAGUCAGAACAGCGUCUCAGUGACUAGCUACCGACUCCCGGUAAUGCAGCAGAACUGAUUAUCCAACAUACUAAAGGCGCCAUGGCUGCUGGAUUGAGGCCAGUGAUGUUGCUGCUGUUGCUGCUGUGUUGUUGGCAACUGACCAUAGGCAAAGAAGGAAAAUCCAAAGGAAAGAAAGGCAAACAAGUCGUCUGUCCAUCCCAGUUGUCCCCAGAAGAUUUGGCCCAGGUUCCAGCUAACUCUACCUCCAACAUCUUGAACCGUCUGAUGGUCAGCUAUGAUCCAAGAAUAAGGCCCAACUUUCAAGGUAAUGCCACAAAGUAUAGAGGUAUCCCAGUUGAGUCCAGGGUGAAUAUCUUCAUCAACAGCUUUGGGUCCAUCCAGGAAACCACUAUGGACUACAGAGUGAAUAUAUUUCUUCGUCAGAGAUGGAAUGACCCUCGUCUACGACUUCCUACCGACUUUAAAAGCGAUUCACUAACUAUUGACCCCAACAUGUUCCAGUGUUUAUGGAAACCAGACCUUUUCUUUGCCAAUGAGAAAAAUGCAAACUUCCAUGAUGUCACACAGGACAACAUUCUGCUCUUCAUCUUCAGGAACGGAGAUGUCUUAAUCAGUAUGAGGCUGUCAGUGACACUGUCUUGUCCCUUGGAUCUUACACUCUUCCCAAUGGACACACAGCGGUGUAAGAUGCAGCUGGAGAGCUUUGGCUAUACCACCAGUGAUCUUGUGUUCAUGUGGCAGUCUGACCCAGUUCAGAUGGAUGAGAUUGCUCUCCCUCAGUUCGACAUCAAACAAGAGGACAUAAAAUAUGGAAACUGCACAAAGUACUACCAAGGAACAGGAUACUACACCUGCAUUGAAGUGAUUUUUACACUGCGUCGGCAGGCUGGUUUCUACUUGAUGGGAGUUUAUGCUCCAACUCUGUUGAUAGUCGUUUUGUCCUGGUUAUCAUUCUGGAUCAACCCUGAUGCCUCAGCUGCAAGGGUGCCAUUGGGUAUUUUAUCAGUACUCUCUCUGUCCAGUGAGAGUAUGCUGUUGGCGUCAGAGCUACCAAAGGUUUCCUACGUAAAAGCCAUUGACAUCUGGCUCAUUGCCUGUCUACUUUUUGGGUUUUCGUCACUGGUGGAAUACGCUGUGGUGCAGGUGAUGCUGAACAGUCCCAAACGGAUUGAGGAGGAGAAAGCCAAAAUGGCAACUAAGGAGAAAGCUCUGCAAGAGAAAGAAGCAAAGAAGUCUUCAAAUAAAACCAACAACACAGUGAAUGGAACUGGUGGAACACCCAUACAUGUGAACACUCUGCAGGUGGUAGAAACUCGCUGUAAGAAAGUUUGCACCUCCAAGUCGGACCUUCGCUCCAAUGACUUCAGCAUCGUGGGAUCUUUACCUCGAGACUUUGAACUUUCCAAUUUUGACUGUUACGGUAAACCAGUUGAAGUGUCAGGGGCCCUCAAGUCCCAGAACAAAGCAAACAAGAAACCACCACCACCCAAACCUGUCAUACCUGCUGCUGCCAAACGCGUUGACCUCUAUGCAAGAGCCCUCUUUCCCUUCUCCUUCCUCUUCUUCAAUGUUGUCUACUGGUCUGUCUAUCUGUGAGAGAGAGAAAAGGAGUACAGGGUGAAAAUAAAGUGGUUUGUAACCUGCAGUUUGUCAUAAUACUGAUAUUGAACUUAUAUUAUUAUUGAACUGAACUAUAUACUGUUAAAAUUCAGGGCCAUGUUUGCAGAGCUGCAGAGACUGAUGUGGUCCUUGGGAGUAACUGUAAAUCACCACAACUACAAAACCUUGGGGCUGUUGUCUUGAGUUCCCCUUAAACCCAGGCAUCAAGUAGACACUGCAUGUUGUCUCUGUCUGAUACAGGUCAUUGUGUUUAAUGUAAAAUAAACCCUGCUAUGACGACACCAGUACCCCUAUGCUGUGCAUUAGAAAUACCAUGGGGGGAAGAUUACUGGUAACAAUUUAUGUUAAAGGUAUAGAAUUUAAAAGACCCUAGAUAAAUGUAAGAAUAUACAAAGACAAAAUGAAUAAAUAUAUUGUAAAGUAAUUCAAUAAAUCAUAACAAACAUAUGUCUAUGUUAUUUCAUCAUCUCAACAGUAUACAACAAGCAUACACAAAUAACACAAAUGAAUGCAUAUCAUAUUAUAUAAUGUUUGUGUUCGUAAAUUGAUGUACCGAUGUUACUGUAAGUUGCUGUGUAUAACCAUAAUAUUGCCAUGUAAUCAGACCGUGGCAUUUUGGCACACUGUCGGCUCUGUCUCGAAGAACAGCACUCCAUAUUUCUAAACGACAAGAGAACACUGACACCACCAGAGGAAAAUUACCAACCCACUCCUGUGACUUUAUGCGUCUCACAAUUCCAAACAGUCAGUUACACAUGUAAAUGCUUGUUAAAUAGUUUUUAAAAACUGUUAAGGCCACAUAACAGUUGAUUUUCAACCAGCUUUGAAAUAAAACAAUUCAUUGA